AUGUCAAGGGGCACCAAGUCGUACCUCUGGCACCUUCGGCUUGGCCACAUAGGUGCGAUGGACUCAGUGCAUCGUGACGAAAACGUUGGAAUUGGCAUCGACAUAUCUUCGGUGAAGAAGUGGGACGUGUGUGAAGGUUGUGCUCUGGGAAAACAGACUCCGGGUGCGCUUCCAAUCAAACACUACAGCUCGCACCUCAAACUCCUCGAAGUGAUUCACAGCGACGUAUGCGGACCGAUGUCGAUGGCAACUUUCAGUGGAAAACGGUACUUCAUGACAUUCAUUGAUGACAAGUCAAGAUACUGUGUCGUCUAUCUGCUCAAGAGCAAAUCUGAAGUUGCGGCGAAGUUCAUGGAAUACGCUGCGAUGGCCGAAACGCAAACCGGAAGAGCGUGA